AUGUGAGUUGUGAGCGGCGGCGGGGAGGAAGAGGAGGGCUCGCACUUUGUCACUUGUGGUGUCCAGGGACCGGUGUUCAGUUUUCUAUGGCUGCGUCUUUAUUUCUGGCCCAAAGCUCCUUGCGGCUCUCGUUUCCUAGAGCAUUUAGAACCGGUAAAUGGUGUCGCGUUCCAGCGCCUGGUAUGCACACAACAGCAGCAGCACGUAGUCAAGUCAAUCAGCAAGACUUUGAAAAGGCACAGAAUGACUUGAAGACUCUGAAAAAGGACCCCGGCAAUGACAUAAAAUUGAAACUGUAUGCACUGUUUAAGCAGGCAACACAAGGGUCUUGCAGUACUCCUAAGCCUGGCAUGCUGGACUUUGUGAAUAAGGCAAAGUGGGAUGCGUGGAAGUCACUUGAAAGUUUAUCAAAGGAUGAAGCCAGAAAAUCCUAUGUAGAACUUGUUAGCAGUUUGAUCUCUUCUGAAGCUCCUGUAAAAGAUUCUGCAUCAUUAAGCAGUGGUCAGAAAUAUGAUACUUUACAAGUUGUUAAUGAAGAUAAUAUCACAAAGAUAUUCCUAAACAGACCAGAAAAGAAAAAUGCCAUCACGUUACAGAUGUACAAGGAAGUCGGUCUGGCUUUAGAUGAAGCUGCCAACGAUGACUCUGUUAUUACUGUAUUGAGCGGGUAUGGUGAUUACUUUUGCAGUGGUAAUGACUUGAAUAAUUUUACGAAUAUUCCACCUGAAGGGAAAGAGAAAAUGGCGAGUGAUUCUGCAGUAAUUUUAGAGACUUUUGUCAGCAAAUUUAUUGAUUUUCCUAAGCCUCUCAUUGCUGUUGUAAAUGGACCUGCAGUCGGUAUCUCAGUGACUAUUUUGGGAUUGUUUGACAUUGUCUACACCACAGACAGGGCCACUUUUUAUACUCCGUUCAGCCAGCUAGGACAAAGCCCUGAGGGUUGUUCCUCCUAUACAUUCCCACGUAUUAUGGGCCUUAGUAAGGCUGUAGAAGUACUUCUUUUUAACAAGUUGCUGACCGCAUAUGACGCUUGCAAGCUUGGACUGGUUACUGAAGUUUUUCCUGAUAGUACUUUCCAGAAGGAGGUUUGGGAGAGACUAAAGGCUUAUGGUGAAUUACCCAAAAAUUCCUUGGCUUUCUCCAAGCAGCUGAUUCGGAAUACUGAAAAGGAAAAGCUACAUGCCGUUAAUGUUCAAGAGUGUGAACGACUCAAGGAACGCUGGGUAUCAGAGGAGUGCAUGAAUGCAAUUAUUAGUUUCUUCCAAAAGAAAGCAAAGUUGUGAUAAUAAAAUAUCUAUGGUCACUUUAUCAAACAUGUUUCUUUUGGCUCAGUUACUUUUAUUGACAUCCCCAGAAAUCAGUAGAAAAAAUUGAUAUCUCAAAGGCAAUGGAGUAGUUCAAGAGGUUUUGGACUAUAUAUAGUACAUACACUCUUAUUCUACUCACAGGAAUGAGGAAAACAGGACAUUGGUUUUCAAAACAGCAGAGGGGUUCAGGAAUAGUAUAUGACUGAGAGAAGACUGUGCCUAAAAUUGGUGAGGUGAUCAGAUUGUUAGUAAGUGCCAAGCCUCUAAGAGAAUGCUUCUGAUCAGUAUCCUGCACCAUCAGUUCCUUCACCUUCUUAUUCAUGGAUGGGUAAUUUCUAAUGUUAUUUUAAAAACGCUGUUUGACUAGAGAAGAAGUGACCUUUCUUUUGGGAGGAGAUGGAACUGUGGAGUUGCAUCAGGAAACCUGACCAUGUGACUGUGCACUUACGAUGGAGAACUACAGACAUCCUCUGACAAUGACAUAACAUAUUAUAACUAUGAGUAAGAGCGUAAGCCCAGAACCAGGAUGAAAGAAUAUGGUUAAAUCUCUUACCUGAAAAACGUAUCAAUAGCUUCACUUUAUAGUAUGUUAGUGAUACAUUGGUCUGCUAUAGUAACGAUUGGGUCUUAAACGUAUGGUCGUGCUUAUUUACUCACAUUAAGGUCUCACAGUGGGGGGGGGGGGUUUGUGGGGUUAUAUAUGUCAAUGUUCUUGUAUAUUGGCUAUUCUACUUUGUACAAUGAUUAUUUUUGCACUGUAUUGA